GGCAGCAACAUUAUUGCUGAAACUCCAGAGGAAGGAUGGCGCGGCUCCGCCUACUAAUUGCUUUAUUACACGCGUUUUGUUUUUGUUGUGACAGUGCUAUUGUUGGCGAGGAAAACCAUGAGAGUUGUUUUGCGUCUGAGUCUGUACUCAAAUGCGACUUUAUUGAAAGCACUCAGGAUGUCCGAGUGGACGAAAGAGUCAACAAGUUCCAGACAGUGCUGGUGAUGAACGCCGGCCAGCUGCUGCUCCACCCUAGCGUGUGCACGAGCGUCAGCCUGUACCACAUCGGCUCCGUCAUGUUCACCAGCACCAGCCAGAGGGCCGCCAACUGCAGCGGGAAGGCCCUCCACCUGCACAACGUCACAGUGGAUCAGAUCCCACCGUACCUGGAGAUGAUCAGCCUGGAAAACUCGCGGCUCACGGGAACGUUCCUUUCGCAGCCCCACCUGAAGAAGGUCAAGGUGGUCAACUCGUGGCUGAGGCACUUCGACCUUGACACUGCCAUGAGUGGAACUUCCGAGGUGAGGCUGCACAGGACGAACAUCACGACGCUCAACAAACUGCACAUGGCCGGGCGGUCCAAGCUCUUCAUGACCGAUUCAAUGGUCCAAAAAGUGUCCGAAAACGCUAUGAAUUUCAUGGAACACACCAGCAUUGAGGUAAUGCGCUCGGUAUUUCAAGACGAUUCGACAGAAAUUGUAGUCCACAACUACAAAAUAGGCAUAAUAUUAGCCAAUAUUACUGGAUCGUGGAGAAUCAACUAUAAGUGUGGGGACACCCCGGAUACUCAUAAAACAGCUGUUGAUAAAUACUCUGCUGACAAGCAAAUAGGGAAGCAGAAUGAUAUUCCCUUACAAGUUGCCUUAGGUGUGUUGGGUGUCAUGCUUGCGAUAAGCGUUUGCUACAACUGCUAUACUUUGAAUGAAAGUAGAAAGAUAAAAGCAAAGUACCGCUACACAGGUAUAACCACUCAAUCUUAAGGAGCGGUCACACUAGUCUCUUCUGUCCAAGGUUCCCGAGACAGAAUGGGAUCCGAGAUGAAAAGCCCUAGCUAGUCCGAAAUCUCUGCGUCGGUAUUUCAUCCAUAGACCGAUUCGGUGUGACGUCACAAGCCGGAGUCGCCAUUCCACUUGCUGAAAACAAACCCAUCGCUUGCAGAUACCUUGCUAUCAACGUGAAGGAAAAUGGCAUAUGAAUUCUUUGAUUCUUCAAAAACCGAAGCGAAAAAGUGAUAUGAAGCAAAACUUGAAGCUGUGUAGCUAAAAGAGUGCUCAUACCGAAAUCUGGAUUGACGAUCCUUCGAAAUAACUUAAAAUUGAAUAUUCCGACAUCUACGACUAUUCUAUCAAUAAACCAGGUGAUAAUAAUAAUAAUAAUUUUAUAAUAACAUAAUUUGCUACAGUAAUGCAUGACAUUUAGCUAUAUAGAGUUUUUUCAUUGAAAUCAGUGCCAUUUCCUAACAUAAUUUUUCUUCCCAUUUACUAGGCGUUUAUGCAAAGGAGACAAUGAAGUCACAUAAAAGCCGAAAAGCAAAGCAUUUUUCUCUCCUCAAUAAUGUGAUCUCAAGAGAUAGGACCUCUUCAUAUGUUUCUUCUGCCGGAUCAUAUGACAUUUCAGACAAAGGCAACAGGCAACUGUAUACCUGCUUUGUUUUCAUUUAAUGGACAGGGCUUGAAGGCACUUGGGAUAAAGUCUGGGUGAAGUGGAUUCGGGGAUGGUUUACCUGUAAAUAUAAAUUAUUAUAUAUCAGUUUACUACAAAAAAGUAAUAAAUGAAAAUAAUAGAAUUGCUAUUGUGCUUUUUAGAAUAUACGACUACUGCCAAAGCCUAAUGUCGACAAUGUUGAUCUUGUUUGGCCUUGAUAAGUAGUGUAGAUAGACAAGAAUUUGAAAGUGAUUAUCUGUCUCUGGAAUUUGAAAAGGUGUAAUAUAUUAAUAUGUGCAUCAGUAAAAUGUUCUGAACAGAUGUAAACAUUUUCCAUCAGCCAAGCAUUCCCAUCAACGUUCAUGCGUUUCAUGGCCUGUAGGCCCACCCAUCACUUCCACUAUUCAGGUUUCUUUUCGCGAUCUGGGAAUAUAUGAAAACAUAUUAAACCUUUCUUUCCCAUCAUGUUGUGGUUUGAACAACCAACGACAACACAGUUCCUUGGCAUUUUCACGCAAAGAAACGAAAUUCUCAGAAAAAUUCAGCGACUUUGUAAGCAAGGCGCAGUGAUUUUUCGAACGAACGAGGGUUUGUUUUCACCAAGUGCUCGUUGCUAGGGGCGGUUGCUAGGCGUUACCGAAUCGGUCUAUAGUCAGACCAGGAAAGGUUUUACCAUAAUAAAUACUAUCAUAUGAUUAAUGGUAAGCUCAGUAUUUAAAAUCCUAAAAAGUUAUUAUUUUAUGUUAAAAGCUAUUGACUUUUAGGUAGUAAGAUAUAUAGCAUUGAUCAAUGUCUCAGUAUUUUUAUAAAUAAAAAUGAUGAUAAU